AUCCAGAUAUGGGAGAAAGGGAGUCACCAUAAGCUUUUGUCGCCAAUCCCAGAGUUCAUGCCACCUGGUUCCGUUUCUCCAAGUUUCUAGACCUCCCCGGCGACUUUCUGUCUCAGAAUCAGAACCCCAUUUCCCUAGUUUAAAUACAGCUCCUUCGCUUUACCGGCGUCACCAUGAUCAUCGCGAUUUCAAAGCUUCCUGUCUUCAACAAUGGCGACCUCCCUCAUCCCAUCUUCCCGCUCCUCAUUAUCUCCGUGGCACACUUCCCGAAGCAGCAGCAGUCGGCGGACUACUCCCGCUUCUUGUUUGUCGGUCUAUUCAAGGAGAAGACACUGGAGAUUCACUGCUCUCAGUCGAGUGCCCACGUCGUGUUCGACGAAUUGCCGGUUUGGAAAGAAAACCCAUCUCGCAGUUGGUUCUGCGAGGAAAUGGAGUUCCUUGGAGCCGGUUAGGUUUUCGGCGAAAGAGGACCAAGUGGCGGUGGCUGACGAGGAGAAAGGGCGAGAGGAUGAAGAGGGUGCGGAGGUGGAGGGGAAGCAAGAGGAAGGAGUAAUGCAGGAGAAGGACUGGAAGACGGAUGAGGAGUUCAAGCAGUUCAUGGGGAAUCCUUCCAUCGAGGCUGCGAUCAAGCUCGAGAAGAAGAGGGCUGAUAGGAAGCUGAAGGAGCUUGAUAGAGAAUCCAGUGGCAACCCACUUGUGGGAUUGUUUAAUAGAGUGGUUCGCGACAGUGUAGCUAGGGAGAAAGAGAGGUUGGAGAAAGCUGAAGAGACUUUCAAGGCCCUUGAUCUUAACAAGUUAAAAAGUUGCUUCGGAUUCGACACAUUCUUCGCAACGGAUGUUCGAAGAUUUGGCGAUGGGGGUAUUUUCAUUGGAAACUUGAGGAAACCCAUCGAGGAGGUGAUUCCCAGACUGGAAAAGAAGUUGUCUGAAGCAGCAGGAAGGGAAGUGGUUGUAUGGUUUAUGGAGGAGAAGACGAAUUAUGACAUCACAAAACAGGCAUGUGUGGUGCAACCCAAGGCUGAAAUGGAUCUCCAGUUUGAAUCAACCAAGCUGAGUACACCUUCUGGUUAUUUCAGCGCUAUUGCUCUAUGUGUGGCGACUUUUGGGACAGUAGCCCUGAUGAGUGGCUUCUUCCUUAAGCCGAAUGCAACCCUUGAUGACUACAUAUCUGAUGUUGUUCCUCUUUUUGGUGGCUUCCUUACCAUCUUGGGAAUUUCCGAAAUAUGUACUCGAGUAACUGCUGCUCGCUACGGUGUCAAACUCAGCCCUUCUUUUCUGGUUCCAUCCAAUUGGACAGGGUGUUUGGGUGUAAUGAAUAACUACGAAUCGCUGCUUCCUAAUAAGAAGGCGCUUUUCGACAUUCCAGUGGCACGUACAGCUAGUGCGUACUUGACGUCCCUGGUGCUGGCAGUUGCUGCUUUUGUUGCUGAUGGUAGCUUCAAUGGGGGCGAUAAUGCGCUCUACAUAAGACCACAAUUCUUCUACAACAACCCCUUACUUUCUUUCAUCCAGUUCGUCAUUGGACCUUACGCAGAUGACCUCGGGAAUGUACUGCCCAACGCGGUGGAAGGGGUUGGAGUUCCUGUCGAUCCCCUCGCGUUCGCUGGAUUACUAGGAAUGGUGGUGACUUCACUGAACCUGUUGCCCUGCGGAAGGCUGGAGGGAGGCCGGAUAGCGCAGGCCAUGUUCGGUCGAAGCACGGCUACCUUGCUUUCCUUCGCAACGUCUCUUCUUCUUGGGAUCGGCGGUCUGAGUGGAAGCGUCCUCUGCCUGGCAUGGGGACUGUUCGCCACCUUCUUCCGUGGCGGGGAGGAGUUACCUGCCAAAGAUGAGAUCUCGCCAUUGGGAAGCGACAGGUUCGCUUGGGGCGUUGUUCUUGGCCUCAUCUGUUUCCUCACUCUUUUCCCCAACGGAGGAGGGACGUUCUCCAAUCCGUUCUUCAGCGACCCGUUUUUCCGAGGGUGAUAGAUAUGUGGAUAGAUCGAGCUUGGCUCGGUAUUUUGUAUAUUUUCCUAAUGGCUCCUUUUAAUCGUUACUAAUGACGUCGUAAAUCAUUCCUGGUUGGUGCUUAAAAGGUUGUUAAUAAACCUCUCAUGAUAGUUAGUUAGUUACUAAUGGAUGCCGAAGGCUUGCUAAUUUUAUGUUUGCUACUCGAGAUUCCUG